ACGAAUACAGGUUCCGGUCUCAUCGUCUAUCUUGUGGUGCCCCCUCGCGUCCAAGGUUCAGCUUCUUUUAGUUAUGGACGAGGUUAUGUAGAGAGUGCGAGUGCAGAAAGUGUAAAAAUACCAAAAUCAAUGGUAUCCGACAAUGGCUGAAGAGUUAUUAGUGGUGUUGAAUCGGAGUGAAAAUUCGAGUUUGGGGUUCUCGUUGUUGCAGAAACCGGGGCUGCCGCCCAUCAUAUACAAUAUUCUGGACGACUCCCCGGCAGCCGAAAGUGGCGAGGUCGAAGUCGGAGAUGUGAUAUUAAAAGUAAACGAAACUGACGUAAUAAAGUACAGCACCAGGGAAGUUCUAAAAUGCCUGCGACUAUCUUCAGACCCGGUUACGCUAAAAAUUAAACGCGAUCCGAAGAUCAAGUCGACAGUGCGAAAACAUCUACAGUCUACAACGGGUGGGGAGCAGGGGCCCAAGGAGCGGUCGCCCUUGGGGGGCGGGCGCCCCCGGCCGGAACCAGCUGUUCACAAGUCGCACCAUGGGCGGCACUUGGCCGCCACCAAUGGCCGCCUGCCGCCCGAACACGAACCUUUACUGUGCGAACACGAGCGACUGCAGGGCGAGCCGCCCCCCAUAAAAUCAGGGGCGCCCAAGUUUGAGGCCUACAUGAUGACCGGGGAACACAUCCUGAACAUCUCCAGAAUGCCACAGAAUACGAGCAUAAUUCCAAAGCAGCAGAAAAAGGCGGACCAUUCGAGGUAUCAUAACAGCCAUGCGCACCAUCUGCGGCAUCAGCCGAAGGAACACAAUUCAGUGCCAAACAGCCCCAAUGAGACGGAUUUGAGCCGAGGUGGGCGCUCUUCGGGGCCCAACUCGGCGCACACUUCACCUGUAGGGGAACGAGGAGCCCGGAAGGGCCAUACUCCUAUUCAGCAUUCACCGCAAGAUCCAUAUGCGACCAAGAACUUCGUGCGAACCAGCCGAAGUGAGGAUCAGCUUCAGAUCCAGAACAAUCUGGGCGGGGCCGUGAGCACGGCCAACUCAGAAGCAGACGAAGAUGUCGCUAGCUCUCUUAAUACCCUGCUGGAUACUCGGCCCGAUUCGGCCAAUAGCGAUAGCGAUAGGAUCGUCUGGACCUACAACGCUCCGAUAUCCGAACUGCACAAGCUGGGACACACACUGUCCAAUGGCAGCAGUUCCUCACAUAGUAACACUUCCGCAUCCAGCAGCCCGUUACAUACUGGUUCUCCCAAUUCUCCCACAUCGGUGUCUUCCUCAGUGAUGUCGAGCCAGUCUGGAUCUCGGCGUGUUCCUUACGCGUUGACCAAUGGGCCUCAUCAACAGCAAACGUUCGAUUUUAGCGUUUCAGAAGCUAUUUCCAACAUAUCGAGUCCGGAUUACCACGAUGAUGACAGCGUGGACAUCCGGGAUUGUGUCAUGGAAAUCAGCGAUCACAGCGACAGCGACAGCACAUUGUUGGGUCCAGAGCCAGGAAAGCGACGAGGGAACCCAAGGAGUCUUGGAGAAUCUUGCGCUCAAGGUGAUCACAAGAUUGUCAUCCAGGUGCGAGGCCCACAAGAAAAACGAUCGCACGGGAACGGCGAGGCAGUGGGAUACUCAAUCGAGCAAGUGCUCCAGGAAAACAACGAGGACGAAAGCAGGGAGGACGAGACGAAAUCGUCGCCGUUGUCGUCGGAAGACGAAAGCGACGUUGAGAGCCUGCAUAGUUUCCAUUACUCACCGAAAGCAGUCGACAUGCCUUCGGCCAUUAGAUUAGCUAAGCGAUUGUACAGUUUGGAUGGGUUCAAGAAAUCCGAUGUUUCAAGGCAUCUUAGUAAAAACAAUGACUUCAGUAGGGCUGUGGCAGAAGAAUACUUAAAGUAUUUCAACUUCGAAAGCGAUACAUUAGAUUUAGCACUAAGAAAGUUCCUUAAACAAUUCUCUCUGACCGGCGAGACGCAAGAGCGCGAAAGGGUUUUGGUUCAUUUCUCCAAAAGAUAUCUGGACUGCAAUCCUGGAUCGUUCAAUUCCCAAGACGCUGUGCACACUUUAACAUGUGCCAUAAUGCUGCUGAAUACUGACCUACACACGCAAAACGUCGGUCGCAAAAUGACUUGCAACGAAUUCAUCGAGAAUCUGACCGAUCUGAACGAGGGCGAGAACUUCCCAAGGGAAAUACUCAAACAUCUGUACCAUGCCAUCAAGAAUCAUCCGUUAGAGUGGGCUUUAGAUACUGACCAAGAGGAGGCUGGGCAGGCUUAUCUUCGGAAUGACAUGAAUCUUAGUGGUAACCCGUUUUUGGACGUGCCGAAUUCAUCGAAUGCCGUAGAGUAUAAAAAGGGCUACGUGAUGCGCAAAUGCUGCUACGAGUCGAACGCCAAACGAAGCCUUUGCUGCGUUUUUCUAGCGCCCUUUCACAAGCGUAGCUGGAAGAUGUUCUACUGCACGCUCAGGGAUCUGGUGCUGUACCUGCACAAGGACGAGAACGGGUUUCGGAAGAACCAGAUGGGCGGCGACAAUCUACACAACGCCAUCCGGAUACACCAUGCUUUGGCCACCAAGGCACAGGACUAUACGAAGAAACAGUACGUGUUCCGGUUGCAGACCGCCGACCAGGCGGAGUAUCUUUUUCAAACCAGCGACUCGAAAGAGCUGCAAUCGUGGAUAGACACUAUCAACUUUGUGGCGGCGAGUUUUUCGGCUCCGCCCCUAGAGGCGGCUGUUGGUUCGCAGAAGAAGUUCCAGAGGCCGCUUUUGCCCUGCAGUCACACCAAGCUGCAUUUGCGCGAGCAGCUAGAAGACCACGACGAGAGAGUAGGAAGACUGGAAGCCAUGCUGGAUGAGCAUCGGAAAUCCCCGCCGGAUAAAGGGGCAAAAUCGCUGGUUAUACAGAACUACAAGGAGAAGGAGGUGUAUUUGACUUUUGAGGUGAAACGAUAUAGAACCUACUCCUACAUGUUGCGAUCAAGAGCGCCAGUCUCGCUGACUCCGCCCAUUAUAGAGACGGCGCCUGCGGUGCGAUUGGCGCAAAACAGUAUAGGCGAGGUGGACGAAUCAGCAACGUCGCCUCAAGGCCAUGUAACUGUGAUGGAAACGACAUGCGCCGGACUGGUGCCGCCUCCUAUUCCCGAGCGGAGAGCGUCUCCGGUAACAAACAGGUGUAGUUUUACUAUUGUGCAUAUUACUUACUGCCCUGCCGAACGCUCUAAAACUUCCUCAAGCUGGAAACAUGUUUCCAUCUUCACGGAUUGCCAGCAGUAAAAAGUGCACUUUGUCCAGUUAAAACUUUGCGCUCCUUACAUACAUAGAUAUAGAACCUAGCUUGGAUCCAGCCAAUUUGAAACAAAUGAAUGAAAUCAGCAGUGACAAACAAAAACACGUAGAAUAGAAGCACCGAUCGAUGGGUCCCAAUAGAAGGCACUUGAAGAUAUACACGAGGAGCUUAUUUGAAUGCGAAGCUGCGCUCAAAAGCAUUUUACAUGUGCGAAUUAAACCGGACGAUUUUGUCAAUGAGAUUAAAGCUUUUGGUGACUGGUUCUCUGCGCAAUGUUUUCCCACCCCCUAGUUGAGUAAAUUUGACUGAUCCACUUGUAAUCUCUUCAGAUCUGAUUAGAAAUCUACACAAAAUGCUGUCUGUAUAAGGAAACCUAGCAAACUGUCCGUUAUAUAAUGUCGUUUUGCCAAAGAUCGUCGUUGUAAUUAAUCUAAAACUGUUAUUGGUAGAUCUAGUAUUACUUUGCGGUUAUUUUCGCUUACUUUACUUACUUUUUUUUUUAAUUUCUGUACUACGGCUUUUGCUCAUUUUUAUAUAUUUAUAUAUGUAUGUACAAAUUAUAGCUUACGUGUACAUUUUUUAUUUUAUUACCAAUAGACGUUCAGAUUUGCGA